CGGGACAACAAAUGACUUUUGAGAAUUCUGAUUUAUUUUUACUGAUACAAAGAUGCGGCUUGUAAAACUUAAAGGUUGGUUAAACAAAGUUUUGUUCGCGGUUAAUGACCCGAGUGAGGAAUUCUGACUACAUUGUGAUCUGACAGGUCUCUUGUGUUGGUGGAAACAUGAGUUGGAGCUUCUUGACACGUUUGCUUGAUGAAAUCUCCAACCAUUCUACUUUUGUGGGAAAGAUCUGGCUCACUCUCCUCAUUAUCUUCCGAAUCGUCCUGACAGUGGUGGGCGGUGAGACCAUCUAUCAGGAUGAACAGAGCAAGUUUGUAUGCAAUACACAACAGCCUGGUUGUGAGAACGUGUGCUAUGAUGCUUUUGCCCCUUUAUCGCAUGUUAGAUUUUGGGUUUUUCAAAUUAUUGUGAUAACCACUCCAUCCAUUAUGUAUCUCGGCUUUGCCAUGCACAAAAUUGCUCGAAUGGCCGAUGAUGAAUAUCGACCACGCAAACGCAAAAUGCUGUCUAUGGUUCAUCGAGGUAUGAGCCGUGACUAUGACAUGGUUGACGAGAUGAGUGAAGAAGUUCCCAUGAUCCCAGAAGAGAUUGAGCCCUCAGAGAAAAACAACAAAUCAGCAGCUUCAACCAAGACUACCGCUGCUUCUGAUGCUGCCGUGAAACAUGAUGGCCGACGCCGCAUCAAGAGAGAUGGUCUCAUGAAGGUGUACGUGUUACAGUUGAUCUCUCGUGUUGCCUUUGAGAUAGCUUUCCUCUUUGGCCAAUAUAUUCUUUAUGGUUUUGAGGUCUCUCCGUCCUACAUUUGCACCCGAAGCCCUUGCCCACACACUGUGGAUUGCUUUGUCUCACGUCCCACUGAAAAAACCAUCUUCCUGGUCAUCAUGUAUGUUGUCAGUGUACUCUGUCUGGCACUGACUGUAUUGGAAAUCCUGCAUCUGGGAAUUGGUGGCUUGAGGGACUCUCUUCGUAGUCGAGCAAAUCGGAGACUCCCUGUUCAUAGGCCAUCCACGUCCACCAUCUGUCACCGCCUUCCCAGUGCUCCACCUGGAUACCAGGCUGUCCUGAAAAAGUACUCCUCAGGCAAGCUGAAGGCUGAGUUUCUAGCAGACUCGGGACGGGAUUCAAUGGGUGGUGACAAUACUACUCGUGAUCUAGACCGUCUGCGGAGGCAUCUGAAAAUUGCACAGCAACACCUGGACCAGGCCUACCACACUGAGGAAGUAGGGGCUUCACACAACAGCGGGCCUGACUCUAAAAGCAUCGCUGCUGAGCAAAACCGACUCAACCAAGCGCAGGAAGGCUUUGGCAGCACUGAGGAGAAAGAGGCUCACGCUUGAAGCAAGUUUUCCAUCUGGCUCUCCGUUAAACAAACCAAUUCCAAGCGGAGACGCUAAUGUUGGAGGGCACAAGAUUUCAACUUCACUAUACAUUUUUUUACUAUAUAUAUAUAUAUUUUUUGUCUCUUCAUUAAGUGGAACAACUCAAGUCUGAGAUACAAACGAUGAAGAAAAGUUACUGGCAAGAUCUUCACAUGUUCUUCUAACUGCAUACCUUGAAUAUAUUUUUACAGUAUUAUAACUAUACAUACAGUAUUUAGUGACAAGAGAAAUACAAGAUGUUACAACCAGCACUACUGUACCAUUCUCUUCAAAGAGUUAUAUUCGCCAUUGUGUUUUUUGUAUAAAGACUCAUUCCAUUGAUAUUUUUCUUAUUCCUAGAUAUUGUCUGUCUUAUUAUUUUUUUUUGUAAAGUGAAACUUCCUGCCACAAUUGACAAGUCUUUCUUUUCCGAUCAUGGAACGAUCUGUCCUGGUGUGAAAAAGUUGUCACUUUAUAAAUGUAGUCUAAUUUAACUGUACGGUCUGUUGUUGUUAAAAUGUGUGUCCUGUGUAAAUAUUGUUUGGAGAGGGAAGAUGUUUUUUUUUUUUUUCCAAGGGAUGAAAUUUUGUAUGUGGCUGUUAUUGAUUAUGCAGAUUGAGAACAUUGUAUUUAUAAAUUAUAAAUAAAACUUUUGCAAUACUUGUUUACAUGACCAGAUUUUAAAUAUUCAUAAAACAUGGAAUAAUUGAAUUGUUUUAUUAUAAACUAUUUUAAAAAGGUAAACAUAAAAUCUAUGAAAAUAAAUUGGACACACACACACUUACACACUUUUGUAUUGUAUACAUCAUUAGUGGGUAAAGAAAAAACUUAGUUUGACAGGUUUGUUAGAAAUGAUGUGCCCUCAGUUUUGUUUGAGAAACUGUCAUCCUUCAUUUGUAAACCACUACUGCAUCUCCUUAAUGAAUUUAGUCAUGUAAGUGGUGCUAGAAAUCUGUUACUGUGUAAUAAUAAAGCCAUUAAAUCAAAAUCCUCUAUUCUGUCAGUGAUGUAGCAGUGUUUAUUUGCCAUUAAAAAUAAAAUGUUGUUUUCUUUAA